GCUUGGUAGAUGUUAAUAUGUUUCGAUCAAAACAAUUGGCUGUUGUUAUGAGUAGAGACGCGAUAUACUUAACUGUAAAAAUUACACAGGGACUUUAUAAAUGUACCGAUGUCUUUAUAAUGUCAACGUUGUUCGCAGUUAUAUUUGGAAUGUUGAUUUGGUUAAUCGAGCAAUUUCACAAUCCUGAUUUUAAUAAAUCUCUUUUAAAAGGGUCGGGAAAUGCGUUGUGGUUUGCUUUUGUUACUAUGACAACAGUAGGUUAUGGGGAUAUGGUUCCGCGUUCGGUUGUCGGCCGAUCGCUUUGUGUCGUGUGGAUGUUGCUUGGAGUAAUUAUAUCCGCUGUCAUAACAGCUACCGUGACCGACAGUAUAUCAGGGACAUCCACCUUGGACAUUUAUGGCAAGAAGGUAGCAGUUCUGGCACAUUCCGCGGAAGAAAAGAUCGCAGUGGAAGAAUACCAAGCAUCUAACAUGUCUUGUAAGUCAUACGAUGAAGUUCUUCAACGUGUGCGAGAACAAAAAGCGCACGCUGCUUUGUUAAAUGCCGAUGUGGCAGCUUGGUUGCAAAAGGACUUAAGCGAAGGUGACUCACCUCUGCAUAUUGUGUAUUUGAUCGAAAAGGAAGUAACAGUGGAUCUUCUGUUGGAUAAAUACAACGAACCUCAAUGGUUGCUUGAUUGUAUUUCGGUUCCACUAGUGCGGGAAGAUUUGUUUGUUCGACCAGUGCUGAAGUAUCGCCGCCAUUGCAAAGUGGAAUCUGUUUUUGUUUCUUCAUUGGGCGAUGUGUGGACCCAUAGUAGGCAUAUUAUCUUCCUAGCGAUUGUGGCAGCUUGUAUAGUUUGUGUCAGCUUCUUGUUUGCAGUUUUACGACAGGUCUGCUUUAGAGAGAAAGAUCGGUACAUCGUGGACAAUGACACUGUGAGUAGUGACAACAUCGUGAUGAAGGACACAAUGUCAAUGCUGACGCACGAGCUUUGUGCGUUACGUAACGAUAUAUCUACGUUGAAGAAUGACGUGGGAAUAAUCAAGGAACGGUUUGCCUAGUAAAAAUAUGUCACGCUGCAGCUGCUUUGUAAACAAACUGUAUUACAUAACGAAAAAAAUCGCCUAAAAUCAAA